AUGCCCAUGAACAAGCCCGCCUUCACCACGAAUGAAGCCCGCGUGGAGCGACUGCAGGCGAACUACGACGAGGGGUUGCUACGCGAGAGUAUACCAACAGUAGACCGCGAGAAGCGCGACCUGAACCUCCUCCAUGUGUCCCACGAUAAGCUGAUGUUCCUGUUCCAAAACGCCAUGGAGAGCUACAGCAAGAACUUGAAGAACCAGAGAGUGAAGGAGUACAACGAGGUUUACAUCAAGACCACCUCACUGCCGUCUAAGGACCACGACUGCAAGUCGCGCUUUCCCUUCCUAUAA